AUGGGCAGCGGCAAUGGCGACUCCAGCAAGCUGCUGGAUAUCCUUAACGUGAGGAUGGUCGGCGCCGGCGACCGAGUUCUGGUGCUCUCCCAUGGAUUCGGCACCGACCAGUCGGCAUGGAACGGGAUCCUCCCUUUCUUCCUCCGCGACUACAGGGUCGUCCUCUACGACCUCGUCUUCGCCGGCAGCGUUAAUCCCGACCACUUCGACUUCCGCCGCUACGCCACCCUCGACGCCUACGUCGAUGACCUCCUCUCCCUCCUGGACGCCCUCUCCGUCGACCGCUGCUUCUUCGUCGGCCACUCUGUCUCCGCCAUGAUCGGAAUCCUCGCCGCCAUCCGCCGCCCUCGCCUCUUCCUCAAGCUCAUCCUCGUCGGCGCCUCCCCAAGGUUUCUGAAUGAUCACGAAGCGGGGUACCAUGGGGGAUUCGAGAGGGAGAAGAUCGAGGAGGUGUUCGCGGCCAUGGAGGCGAACUACGAAGCGUGGGUGCGGGGGUUCGCGCCGCUGGCGGUGGGGGCGGACGUGCCGGCGGCGGUGAGCGAGUACGGCCGGACGCUGUCCGACAUGCGGCCGGACAUAUCGCUGUUCGUGUCGAGGUCGGUGUUCAACAGCGACCUGCGCGGUUUCCUGGGGCUGGUGCUCCCGCCCUGCGUCGUCGUGCAGACCGCCAACGACAUGUCGGUGCCGCCCUCCGUCACCAGCUACCUCAGGGCCCACCUCGGCGGCCGCACCACCGUCGAGCUCCUCGGCGAAGAAGGCCACAUGCCGCACCUCAGCCACCCCGCAGCCUUCGUCCAGGUCCUCCACCGCGCGCUGACGACAGAUCCGCCCGUCGCUCCCGCUCAUUAACUGCAUCUGAUUAUGUCUAAUUAAUUACGUCAAACAUAAUGUGUGGUCAUUUUACACUUAUCCACGUGGAGGUCACGUGAAGGCUUCGGUUGAAAUAUAAAUAUCAGAUCAAAGGGCUCCUAAUCUAUUUAUUUUUA